UUACAUUUUAGAUUUUUAGGUUAUCUUUAGGAUAGACAUUUUGAGGUUAUUUAGUUGAUGGAUUUCAGCAAUCUGGUAAUCCUAAAAUCAUAAAUCACCUUCAAAUGAUAGUAUUCAGGUGUUUAUUGGGUAUAGUAGUGUUAUUUUAAUAAUUGCAUUUCAAAGUCUUGAACUGUAUUGUGUAGGCUAUGGUACCCAUUUCAACUUUCAAUGGACAUUGGACAAUAACUUUCAAUUUGAGAUAGAAAAUAAAUCCAAACCAUGGUAAUAAAAUGCAGUGUUCUUGGAUGCGACAAUCAGUAUACGCUUGAUAACAAUAUUGCUUUUUUCAGGUUCCCUCUCGAUGAUCGGAGGCUUCUUAUAAAAUGGUUGACGGCUAUGAGAAGGCGAGAUUUCUGGCCGAAAAUUGGCUCAACGAUUUGCAGUGAGCAUUUCAGAAAGAUAGAUCUGCUGAAAGUUACAGGGGAGAAUAAGCCCAGACUUCGCGUGUUCGCGGUGCCUUCUAUAUUUCCAGAGGUAACCUACACUCAGGAAUUAUUAUCUCCAGGGGAUUUUUUGGACGACAAUUCACCAGAUAUAUUAUUUCCAAGGGAACGAGAUUUACCAGAAGAUGCAACCUACACUGAGAAAUUAUCUCUGGUAUCCUUGGACCAAGAUCCACCAGAGGAAGUUGAGAUUUCAACACAAGACGCUGCAUCACAAACGAGCAAUUCUCUCUCGACUAGAAAUUUAAUCGCUACUGCGGAAUCUAAAUUGCUGUUACAAUUUGACGAGAGUUCACAGACAAUAAAAGACUUGGACAUUCCAGUCAAAUCUCCAGCCGACAAAAUUAGACAGAAGAUCAAAACAGUCCGGAGGAAAAUGGGGAGAAGAUCUAAAUCGAUGCUGUGUUUGAAAAAUGCGAUGAUGGAAAAAGGUUCAUUCAAUUCUGAGAUUGAAAUGCUGUGGAGUGAAGUUUAUCCUGAAUGAACGGUUUUUGGAUGAUAUUGCUUAGAGCUGCUAAUGCUGGGAGAUUGCUGUGAUGGACUCGACUAAAUUAAACACAAUCGGAUGAUGAACAAUGACUUUCUCAAACAUCGACUUGAGUAUCUGGAUAUUGAAUCUUGAAUGUGAAUUUGGAACUGGUAUCUAUAACACUUAUCCAAUAUAUGUUGACAUAUAAUUCCUCGAUAAAGACAAGUUAGUUUGAUAUGAUGACUACCAAUACAAUACUUAGUUUUGUGGAGUUGAGAACUACAAAACUCAACCUAUUUCGGACUAUGUGUAAGCUUAUCUAAAUUUGGGAGAGGAAUAGCACAAGGUUACCUUAUUUUUUCUCUUCCUAUCAUUUUGAUGAUGCACCAUCUUAUUUUUAUGAUGAUUCAUUUUUAUGAAUCAAUACAAUAUAAUAACAAUACAAUAUAAACUAGUGACGAAUAAUACUUUGGAUAAAAAUUAAAUUUUUAAAUUUGGGAGAAAAAUGGUACAGGCUCAGCCUAGUUUUCCUCCAUGAUCAUAAUUAUAUUAUUAUGAUUAUAGUGUUUUUCACAAUAAAUAAAUUUUAUUUAGGAAUAAAAUGCAUUAUUCAUGAAUGAAUGAAUUCAGUGAAUCAAAUUGUGCUCAAUUUGAAUCUGUUUUGAGUUAAAGAUAAUUGAAUUGUCCUAUUAUUAUUGCUGAAUGAGUGUAAAUAAUAUAUACAGGGUGUUUAGGAACUGCCUACCAAUACGCUAGGGCAUUGCUCCUGGGUAAAAAACAUAUCUAAAUAUCAUAUUUAAAUUGUCCGGAAGUCUUCAGUUUCUCACACAGCGGCCAUUCUGCUUUUUUCACUUAAUAUUUUUUCUAAAUAAUGGUUGAACAUACGAAAUUGAAACUUUGUACAAUAACAACAUUCUUAACAACUAGAAAAAGAUACCAAAAAAUAAUGAUAAUUUUUCAAAUUCAUAAAACAAAAUGGCGGCCAUUUGAAAUUUUGUUUCUAAAUAACUCAGAAACCGUUGUUUUUACAAAAAUUCUACAAGAAUAUUCGAUUACCUAUCGAUUGGUACCUGAUUUUAUUAAGAUUGGACGAAUAUUAACUGAGAUAUAUGGCAGCUUUAGUGAUAGGUGAUCACUGAAAAUUUGUUGCAGUGCAAACCAAGGCAUGCUGAUAGAGUCGCCUCAAUCUCUAUUAUUUGCAUUGCAUGUUAAUUGACCGAGCGAAGUGAGGUCCAAGAUUCAAGUCGACGGUUUGGCAUUCCUCUUAAUGUUUAAAUGUUUAUAUGUUGCAUAUUUACGGCGAAACGCGGUAAUAGAUUUUCAUGAAACUUGACAGGUAUGUUCCUUUUUUAAUUGCGCGUCGACGUAUAUACAAGGUUUUUGGAAAUUUUGCAUUUCAAGGAUAAUAUAAAAGGAAAAAUGAGCCUCCUUCAUACGCCAAUAUUAGAGUAAAAAUCAGACUAUAGAAUUAUUCAUCAUAAAUCAGCUGACAAGUGAUUACACAGAUGUGUGGAGAAGCCAGUCUAUUGCUGUAUUUCCAUAAGGUCUAUAGUUUCAAUCAGGUACUUGUGGAUGAGAAUACUGCGUGAGGUCUACUGUUCACAGCACUACUAGUAGUAAGCGAUUUCAGGUCAUUUCAAACAAUAAAAUAACGUUACAUAACCCUCUAAAGGUGGGUCACCAACCACUGAAGCUACUAUAUCUCAGUAAAAAUUGGACCAAUCUUAAAAAAGAUACUAAUCGAUAGGUAAUUAAAUUUACUAAAAGAGGUUAUUCUUGUAAUUUUUUUGUAAAACCAAUGGUUUCUGAAUUAUUUAAGAAACAAAAUUUUAAAUUGCCUCCAUUUUGUUUCAUGAAUUUGAAAAAUUAUCAUAAUUUUUUUGUAGCUUUGUUCAGUUGUUAUAAAUGAUUGUGCAAAGUUUCAAUUCCGUAUGUCCAAUCAUUACUUAGAACAAAAAUAAUAUGUGAAAAAAGCAAAAUGGCCGCAGUGUGAGUAACUGAAGACUUCCGGAAAUUUAAAUAUGAUAUUUAGAUAUGUUUCUUACCCAGGAACUUAUGCCCCAGAGUAUUGAUAGGGAGCUCGUAAACACUCUGUAUAUGCAAAUAAUAGUAUUUAUUUAUAAUAUGUAACUAUAAUUAUGUAUAAAGACAUUGAAUACACUUUUUCAAACUAAGAGAAGUGAGUUUGUGGAAGAUUUGUAGUUUCUUCGUUUCCGGGCAGAAAAUUGGACUUGAAUUUGUUAGAGUGAAAAGGUUGGCCUACCUAUCUUUUGGAAGUAAAUUGAAAAACACAGUCUUAUUCUUGUCACAUCCACAUUUAUUAGACUUGUAUACAGGACUGCAGUUUCGUGUUGAAUCUUCACCUGUAGUUGUGUAGGUUUCAAUACUAAACUGCAGUCCUAUAGUAAGUCUAACUAGUAGUCCUGUGAACAGUAGACCUCACGCAGUUUUCUCAUCCACAAGUAUCUGAUGUCACCUGUUUGAAAUGUUAACAAACUCAGUUCACGUUUGAAUUUGUAUUCCAUAUGAUAUAAUUCAUAUAGUUCCGCGAUAAUCUUUUCAAUCAAAAAUAUUAUAAUUUCUUCAGAAUUAUUUAGUUCAUUCGAUUAAUUUUAAUCACCUAUCAAAUUAGUUUUUUCAAAUGUGAGAAUAUUGAUACUGAUGGGCACACAUAAUAUGACUGCAAAACAAGAUAUUGAAACCAAGGACCUUAAAGAUACAUAACUCUUGAAGGUCUUUGAUUGAAACUAUAGACCUCAUAGAAAUAGACACGGCUCCUCCAGAACAUCUGUGUAAUCCACUUGUCAGCUGAUUGAUUAUUAUGAAUAAUUCUAUAGUCUGAUUAAUCCUUUCUUCAGAGUAGAUGAUAAAUAUA